GAGAGAGAAUGGUUGGUAGCUUUCGCUGUUGUGUUUUCUUUCCCUCGCUUCGUCUUCUUUCGGUGAAGACCCCUUUCCUCAAUUUUAUCUUCAAGUACGAUUCGUCGUCUUCUUCGAUCUAAUACUUGAAGCAAUCGGGAUUAUCGACAAACAGUUCGUCUCCAGUUUCAGUCUUUUUGGAUACAUUUCCCUGUGAUCGCUAGAGCAACCAAUACUUCAUUGUCAUCGAACUUCAAUUCUAGGGUUAUGAAGUAUCGGUUAGGUGGAGAUUGAUUUGAUCGGCUAAAAAUAGUAAUCGCUGAUUAAUUCGAUAACUAGAUGGAAAGUACCGGCGACGAGGACGCUGAUGCCGUGCUCAGCGACGUGGAGGGGGAGGAUCCGGUGCCGAUUGUGAUUAAGAAUCCGUCUCCGGAUGAAUUAUCCGUGGAGAGGUUCCGCGAGCUUUUAACGGAGCUCGAUCGCGAGCGAGCGGCUCGCGAGGCGGCGGAGAAUUCGAAAUCGGAGCUGCUGGUGUCGUUCAAUCGGUUGAAGGCGCUUACUCAUGAGGCUAUCAAGAAGCGGGACGAGUGCUCGAGGCAGAAAGAGGAGGCCUUGCGUGAGAAAGAGGAGGCUUUGCGUGAGAAAGAGGAGGCUUCCAUAUUGAAUGAGAGGAGCUCUGUGCAGUUGGCGGAAGCGAAUAGAGUUAAAGACGAGGUUCUGAAGCAGAGAGAUGAUAUGAGUCAGCAAUUGGACGAGGCGGUGAAAGCCAGGGAGUCUCUGCAAUCUGAAAUUCAGAAAUCAACUCAUAUGCUGGUGAGUGGAUUGGAUAAGAUAUCUGGUAAAGUAAGCAACUUCAAGAAUUUCGCAGCUGGUGGAUUGCCUAGGUCACAGAAAUACACGACAGGUCUGCCAGCAGUGGCUUAUGGUGUUAUAAAGAGGACUAACGAGAUUGUUGAGGAGCUUCUUAGACAGAUUGAUACCACCACGAAAUCCAGAAAUGAAGCGAGAGAACAGAUGGAGCAAAGGAACUAUGAGAUAGCAAUUGAGGUUUCUCAGCUUGAAGCCACCAUCAGUGGUUUAAGAGAAGAGGUGGAGAAGAAAAGUUCCUUGAUUGAGGAUAUGGAGAGAAGUAUAACUGAAAAGGAUGGGAAGAUAAAUGAGAAUGAAAGGGAGAUGUUGGAGAAGAUUCAUUCCCUGGAGAAUGAAGUAGUGGAGCUCAGGGAUUUAGUUGGUGAAUAUGAUAUUAAGUUGGGGAAUUUGGAGUCUAAGAUGGAAUCACAGAGGCCUUUGUUGAUUGAUCAAUUGAGUUUUGUUUCGAAAAUUCAUGACCAGAUUUAUGAAGUUAUAAAGACAGUUGAUGCAACUGAUCAUUCAGAAUUGUCGGAGUCCUUAUUUCUGCCGCAGGAAACAGACAUGGAAGAAAAUGUACGUGCUUGCUUAGCAGGGUUGGAAUCUAUUUAUGAAUUGGCAAGAGUUGUUGUUGAAAAAACUAGAGAUUUAGUAGAGGAGAACCGUCAUGAAGCAAAGGGUUUGGAGGAAACAGUGGGUCGAUUAGUUAAGGAGAAAGAGCAUAUUGGUUCUUUACUCAGGAGUGCUCUGUCCAAGAAAAUGAUAUUAGAUCCUUCUUCCAAGACAAAUGAGCUUUUUACGGCUGCUGAGAAUGGUUUAAGAGAGGCUGGGAUAGAUUUUAAAUUUAACAAGCUUCUUGGAGAUGGCAAGAUUCCAUCAUCUCAUCAUGACACAGAUUUUCCAGAGGCAGAGGAUGAGAUAUGCACUUUGGCUGGUGCUCUGGAAAAUAUUGUCAAGGCUUCUCAACUUGAGAUAAUUGAGUUGCAGCAUUCUGUGGAGGAAUUACGGGCAGAGUCAAGUUUACUUAAAGCACAUGUAGAGGCUCAAGCCAAGGAGCUCACUGAUAGGAUGCGGAAAAUAGAGGAACUUGAAGAGAAGGAGAGAGUGGCAAAUGAAAGUGUUGAAGGGCUUAUGUUGGACAUUGCUGCUGCUGAAGAAGAAAUUACAAGAUGGAAAGUUGCAGCAGAGCAGGAGGCUGCUGCUGGACGAGCUGUUGAGCAGGAGUUUGUAGCACAGUUUUCAACACUUAAACAGGAACUUGAAGAAGCGAGGCAAGCCUUGUUGGAAUCGGAGAAGAAAUUAAGAUUCAAAGAAGAGACAGCAGCGGCAGCAAUGGCAGCAAGAGAUGCGGCUGAAAAAUCAUUGAGACUGGCAGACACAAGAGCAUCUAGGCUGAGAGAGAGGGUAGAGGAGCUCAGCCAUCAGCUUGAAGAGUUUGAAAACAGAGAAGACUCCAGGGGUCGACAUGGCCCUAGAUAUAUAUGUUGGCCAUGGCAGUGGCUGGGGAUGGACUUUGUUGGCUCUCAUAGACCUGUCAGCGAACAACAGAGUUCAAAUGAAAUGGAGCUUUCUGAACCCCUUCUCUGAUUAAAAAUUAUUUCCCCUUCUUGUAUUUAUUGUGAAAUUUCAAAUCCACGCAUUUUAGGUUAUAGCAGUUUCAUUCUUCAAGGCUCCCUUGUUUGCACUACUUGUUUUUUCUCUGAGGUCUUGCAGCAAUUGCUUUGGUUAGUUUUUAUACUUCAUAGGGGAGUGACGGUCAGCUGCAGUGAACGUUUGAUCCUCUAUUUUACUGUUUGGCCUGCUGGUUUUUGCUAUCAGUUGUUUCAAGCUAAUAAUUUAUAAAAUUAUGGUGCUCUCUCCA